CACGUGGGCCCGCUCCCGUGCACAGCUCCGCCACCUCCCCGUCACGGAGCAGUGGAGAUGCCAGCGACGGCCACCGGCGUGCCACUGGCGACGCGGCCCAACCCUGUCAGUCCCCACUGCGCCAACCACUCUAUAAGAAAGCGGCCGGCUCGCUAUGGCCUGCAGCUCCCCCGCCAGCCCGCCGGCGUCACCCGACUCCGCGCCAUCUCGCCGUCGCCGUCGCCGUCCCCACCGACGCCGCAGCAGCAGAAGCCGAUGGAGGCGUUCGGCUUCGACGCGCUCAAGGAGACCUUCUCGGUGGACGUGGCGGCGGCCGAGGCGCGCCCGCUCAACCUGCCGCUCGCCGCGCCCUUCACCAUCGCCUCCUCGCGCCUCGACGCCGUCGCCAACGUCGCCGUGCGGGUCGAGCUCUCCAGCGGCGCCGUCGGCUGGGGCGAGGCCCCGGUCCACCACCCCGUCACCGCCGAGGACCAGCCCACCGCGCUCGCCGCCGUCGGACGCGCCUGCGCCGCGCUCGUGGCCGCCCGGAGCGCGCCCUUAGGCGCCGUGCUCCAGGACGUCGCCGAUGCGCUCCCCGGACACACCUUCGCAUCGGCCAGAGCAGGAGUGGAGAUGGCAGUGAUUGACGCGGUAGCUAACAGCAUCCGCAUACCCUUGUGGAGAUUAUUCGGGGGAGCAUCAAACACUGUGACAACAGACAUCACGAUUCCAAUUGUGACCCCAAUUGAAGCCGCUCAAUUGGCUGCAAAAUAUCGGGGACAAGGGUUUCAAACUCUGAAGCUCAAAGUAGGGAAAAACAUGAACUCAGACAUAGAAGUUCUCAAGGCUAUACGGCUUGUCCAUCCGGACUGCUCAUUUAUCUUGGAUGCAAAUCAAGGGUACACAGCAAACCAAGCAAUUGAACUUCUUGACAGACUAAACGAAAUGGGAGUGACUCCUGUACUCUUUGAGCAACCAGUUCAUAGAGAUGACUGGGAAGGUCUCCGUGAUGUUAGCGUUGCUGCUAUGGAGAAAUACAGAGUUGCUGUUGCUGCUGAUGAAAGCUGUCGUGGUUUACAUGAUGCUCAGAAAAUUAUACAUGGAAACCUUGCUCAUGUUAUCAACAUCAAACUGGCAAAGUUGGGGGUUCUUGGAGCCCUCGAAGUAAUUGAUGCUGCAAGAAAAGCUGGUAUUGGACUUAUGAUUGGUGGUAUGAUCGAGACUAGGAUUGCCAUGGGCUUUGCUGGUCAUCUCGCCGCUGGGAUUGGUUGUUUCAGUUUUAUUGACCUGGACGCACCUCUUUUAUUGUCCGAAGAUCCAGUGUACGGUGGCUAUGAAGCUUCUGGACCUGUCUACAAGUUUAAGAAUGCUCGAGGCCAUGGCGGUUUCCUUCAUUGGGACAACAAUAAUGGAUGGAAAUGAAGAUGGUUAACGCACGCCUUAUCCUC